CCUAGUAGCAGUUGUACUACAAUAGCCGCUCACAUCAAUUACAUGGUUUUUAUUUAUUUAUUUGUUUAUUAACUUAAGUUAACAAGGUUUUCACUGAGUGUUUUUUCUCCGGCUUUAACGUUAACUGAUUCACUUUUAGAGUUCCACUUUGGUUAUUAGUGGACGCUGAAUUUGAUGUGCAAAGGGAAGAAAUAAGGAACUUGCUCUAGUUUCAAACAGACCGCUUUAACUAAAUACAAGCAAACGUUACUUGUGACAGUCAGUUCAAGCAACAAACAUGGCGGAAGUGGGUCAGCCUGAAUCAGAGCAGAAUGAAAGCAAGAUCGAAGAGACGAGACAAAGGUUCAAGAGUGAAUAUGUUCAAGAUUCGUCAGACAAAUAUGAUUCCAGAGAUGUGGAGCGACUCAUGAAGGAUGAUAGUUGGGUUGAAGCCUAUUUGACAUGGCGACAGAAUGUUGUAGACGACGCACUGAAAAUGAUUGAUGAAAGUUUUCAGUGGCGAAAAGAAUACACCCUGAAUGACCUCACGGAAAGUAGUGUUCCCAAGUGGAUGUUUGAGAGUGGUGCUGUCUUCCUCCAUGGCUAUGACAAAGAGGGCAACAAACUGUUCUGGUUCAAGGUCAAGCUUCAUGUGAAAGAUGCAAAGACAUUCCAGGAUAAGAAGAAGUAUGUGGCCUUCUGGCUGGAGCGCUAUGCCAAGCGUGAGCCAGGGAUGCCUCUUACUGUGGUGUUCGACAUGACGGAGUCAGGCCUUAGCAACAUUGAUAUGGAGUUUGUGAAAUAUAUCAUUAAUUGCUUCAAAGUAUUCUACCCAAAAUUCCUCUCCAAGAUGAUCAUGUACGAGAUGCCUUGGAUCAUGAAUGCUGCCUGGAAGAUUGUGAAGACAUGGCUUGGACCAGAGGCUAUCAGCAAACUGAAGUUUGUUAACAAAAGUGAGAUGCAGACCUACAUCAGCCCAGAACACCUUCCCCCGCACAUGGGAGGAACGGAUUCCUUCCAGUACACCUAUCCUCCCCUGCCUGACGAUGACUUCCAGUCUCCUGUCUCUGAGAACGGACCAAUUGUCAGCGAGGAUGAGAGUGAGUGUAAGGACCCAGAAGUGGACUGUAAGGAGAGCUUGGAGUCCAGCUACAGCUCAGAGGUGGUCGCCAAGCCCAGAAAGGUGAAUUUCUCUGAGGACAGCUUGAAGCCUGAUGAACUGGACAAAGGGGAUGGGUAUGGUCGACUGAAAGGAAUUCGGAAGCCUCUGACCACAUUUAAAGGCACACUACUGCAUAUCAGUCCAGCGGAAGAAUUGAGCUUUGGCUCCAAAGAAUCUGAGAAGAAAUGCCUCAUUAUCCUCAACAACAUUACGAAAACCCAGGUGGCUUUCAAGGUUCGGACUACAGCACCAGAGAAAUACCGCGUGAAGCCCAGCAACAGUAGCUGUGAACCCGGAGCCUCCAUGGAUAUCGUGGUGUCCUUGCAUGGAGGUUUCCAGGCGUCACCACAGGACCGGUUCCUGGUCAUGGCCGCUGAGAUGGAGCAGAGCGCCGGGACUGGUUCCCCAGAGCUCGCCCAGUUCUGGAAGGAGGUUCCUAAAGCCAAAGUAAUGGAGCACAGACUGCGCUGUCAUGUUCUGGAGAGUGUUAAACCAAUCCUCAGCUCAGCAAGUGAGAGUCCACUGGCUUCAGGCACCAAUGGGCAUCAGGACCUCCAAACUACACUCGUACGGCUCAUGGCCAUUAAUUCCAGGCUGGAGCAGAAGCUGGACUCGUGUCUCUCGACCCAGAGGCUUCUGACGGUCCUGGUUUCGGUCCUGAUGGCUUUCAGCUUCUCCACCAUGUACUUAAUAUGGACCUCCUAUUCUUAGCCUCUUCAGACUCCUCUUUUUGACCCUACUCAUAGAAUCCUUUGGCCACUUCUUUGACCAAAGGAAACUUCUUAUGAAACACAAUGACCAAAACAAGAAAAGGUUUUUCCAUGGAGAAACUUUCCCACUGUUGCGAGUGAAUCAUGUGGGACUCAUGUGGUAAUCAUGUGGUCAGGAUCUGCUCUCUCAGAGAACUGUGUUUGAGAUGAACAAAGGUGUAAGAGCCAUAGAGGAUGACCAUGUGGUUUCAAAAUGUAGGUAUUUUUAUUACUCAUGAUGAAAUAAAUAUAUAAUUUAUACUAGAUGUCCUAUAGAUAAUGUGGAGAUUAACUUUAACUGAUUAUGUGUACAGUAUGUCAUUAUAAUAUACUGUGUAUAUGCAACAUCAAAACAAUUAAACAGUUUUGUUACAUCUGUAA